UGGACCGUCGCCCGCGACGACGCACUCUACACGGCAGCGGUCGCAACCGAAGACGUCCAGACGUGCGUGCGCUUCAACACAUACGACAUCCGCGAGAUCGUGACCAACGGCGCGCAGCGCGUCAUCUUUUGGAACUGGGUGCACCACCAGCUCCAGUUUUACUCGCCCCCGCUGUCGCAAAAGGACUUUAAGCAAGCGAUUGGCGCGUUCACGCAGUCGAUCUUCGUGCCGGACUCGUCCCAAGCCAUCACGGCGACCGAAGACGGCGAUCUCAUUCUGUGGGACUCGUCGCUCGUCAAGUCGGGCGACGUCCUCGUGCAUGCCGACAAGAAGGCUGUCAAGAUCGUGCGCAUGACGGGUCUGGAUGCGCACAAGCCCGUCGCGAUCCGGUACCUCACCGACAUGGACGGGUACCUCGUGGUGGGCGCAGCCGACGGCGCGGUUCGCUUCUACGACUUCGACUUUCGCCUCGUCGCGUGGUUUGAAGACCUCUGUGCCGGGCCCGUCAACUCCGUCUCGUUUGCCAACACGGAGACGACCACGGAGUCGGUGCCAACGGAUGCGUUCCGCGUGCCCGAAUUCAUUGUCGCCACUUCGAAUGCGUUCAUUCUGGGCAUCACGCCGUCGAUCCACGAAGAGUUUGACGUCGAGAAGCGCCGAGGCACGCUGCUCAUGCAGGGCAUUGCCGCCGAGAUCCGCGGCCUCGCGACGCACCCGAGUGCGACCGAAGUCGCGAUCAGCUGUGCGUCCGGCGUCUUGCAGCUCUGGGACUACGUCACGAAGCGGCUGCUCAUGGUGCGCCACUUUGACGAAGACAAGUUUCGGCCGCAGACGCUCGCGUACGACCCACUUGGCCGGUACAUGCUCGUGGGGUUUGCGAACGGCGCGAUCAAGCUCCUGCAUGUGAGCACGCUCGCCGACUUGCACCUGCUGCGGCACUCCAAGAGUGCGAUCCUCGACAUCAAAGUGGCGCCCGACAGCUCGUUCAUUGCAGCGAUUGACGCUGACAACUAUGUGCUGCUUUGGCGCAACAAGGCGAUGGAAGCCGAAGAGAUUAGCCACACGAUGGACGCGACGGACCAGUGGGUGUACAUUGGUCGCUGUCGGUCGCACGCCAAGCCCAUCACGGGCCUCGAGUUUGGCCUCUCGGACCAGCAAGCGCUGCUCGUCACGGUCGGCGAAGACCGCAUGCUCGUCGAGUACAGUCUCUCGCGCUCGAGCGUCCUCGACGGCAUCGUGCUCACGGCGCCGCCUCAAAAGAUUGAGCAGUCGGCCGUCCCCACGGCGUGCUUUUGGCACCCGGACAUGCCGGGCGUCCACGAAGAUCUGAUUGUGAUUGCCAACGACGAGUACAAGUUCAAGGGCUGGAACGCCAACAACAAGACGUGUCGUCGCACGACGCUCAACCCGACGUACGGCGGCCCGCUCAACCGCAUCCUGCCGAUCCCGCUCGCAAAGGCCAAGACGGAGCGCUACUGCGCCUACAGCACCCACGACAAGGUCGUCGGCGUGAUCAAGCUGCCGCUCGAUGGCAAUCCGCACAAGUCGAUGGGACUCAUUGCGCACGCCGGGCACAUCUCGAACGUCGCCGUGACGUGCGACGGCCGGUACUUGAUCACGGCGGGCGGCAAAGAUUUGAUCCUCAACAUGUGGGAAGUGACGCCGUCGGCGCUCGAUGCCAUGGAGGCCGCCGGUGGCGUCGGCGUUGAGCCGUACGGGUCGCUCAUCGAAGGCGGCUUGCACAGCGCGUUUUACAACGAGAUUGUCGACUACUUUUACUUUGCGCAGCUGCGCACGCAGGGCGAAGCGUCGACCGCUGCGCGCAACAUUACGCAGGAGAUUCCGCUGGCCGAGAUCCCGCACGUCAUGCGCGCGCUCGGGUACUACCCGACGGAGCUUGAGAUUCAAAACAUGUGCAGCGAAGUCAAGUACUCGCGCUUCACCGAGACGACCAAGACCGUCGACGCGAUCGGACUCGUGGACUUUGUCAAGCUCUACGUCAACCACCGCCCUGUCUUUGGCAUCGGCAAGGCGCACAUUGAGGCAGCCUUUGCGACCAUUGGCCAGAAGCGUAGCCCGAGCCUUAAGUGGCCCGACCUCAAGCACAAGCUGCUGACGCUCGGCGAAAAAAUGACCGAAGACGAGCUCACCGCGUGCUUGAGCGCCCUCGUCGGCGACGACGCCGAGCACUGGGACGCGAUGACGGCGUUCUCGUCAUCGACCUUUGCCGACUCGGUCCUCGGCUUUGAAGACUAUGAUGCGUUUGCGACGGCGUCCGAAAUUAUCUAGUCGCAGACUCUGGUUGGCUUGUAUGUAAUGUUAAUACAGAACAUAUCUCCUCUCGUCCAAGAGGGCCAUGACAACAAC